AUGCCUUCCGCUCUUUCCAAGUUGUUCAAAGCCUCAAUGAUAAAUAUCUUCCCUCAUCGUCGUGAUUGUCACUCUAACGACUUGAAGACCACUACGGUCCAAGAAACUGGGACUUUCAGGACACAACUCGUCAGACAACAACUUGAGCACCAGCCAUUUGAACUUAUCCGUCCACCAAAGCAGUUGCACAUCAACCCGAUCAUAGGCCGUCCUUAUGUCCAGUACUAUGGAUAUGCAAUCCCCCAUGACUGGCUCAUUCGUUUCGCGGAAAGAGAAUGUCCAGAAGUGUUACUUGAACGCGAUCACAAAUGUUACAAGCAUCACGCCAUGGUACGAGCACGAGAGCUCAUUUCAGCUCGGUCGGGUUUCUGGUCGUUCGAUUUCAAAUAUUGUUUCAAUCCCAAGGAUGACUCGGUGCCUCCCCUGUGGUUUGAGGCGUUCAUGGCUAAAUAUUUCAAAUCCGGCGAUGACGACAUCAGGGCCGUUCAAAUUGACACCGUUCCGGUGUUUGCUGUGUGUUCUGAACAAGAUGAAUCGUUCAAAGAACGUCCUACGCAGGGACAGAUGGAUAUCAUGACAGAGUUGAUCGGGUAUGCACCACGAUGGUGGCAGUUACAUACACCAGGUAUCAUGAUAUUAUACUAUUGUGUGAUUAAACGAGAUAUGGAUUCCAGUGCUGGUGCUGACAGCUGUCCACUUUUGAACAUCAGCUAG